AAAACAAAAACAAGAAAAGGGAAAACUUUUAAUCAAAGAUUAUUAUUAUAAUUAUCUUAAGAGAAAUAAAUUAAAUAGCAAAUCAAGAAGAAAAAGAAAUGGCUCAUUUAAAAGUAAUUAUAGCCAACAUGUCCAAUUGGAUUUCUACUAGAUUCAUGAUGGUGCCUGCAGGAAAUGUAUUGAUCUAUAGAGACUUUGUUAGUGCCACAAGACCUUCUCAAAAAAUUGAUAAAGAGACAUGUCAAAAGAUAAUAGAAGCAGCAGAAGCAGUGAAAGAAGGAGCUAAAGAAGUGAAAAGUGUGGGAGAAUAUGUCAAAAAAACUGUUUCUGAUAGUGCUGGAAAUGUGAUAUCAGAGGUGGCAAAAGCAGCACUAGAUAAGGCAACUGAAAAGGAAGAAAAAGGUGCAUGGGAUAAAGUCAAAGACACUGCAAAUGACAUCAAGAAUCAAGUAGUUGGCAAGUGACUUAAUUA